UGGGUGAAGACUUCAAGCAAGAGUCAAACAUGGAUUAACAAGAAACAACAGAACGACGUGACAUUACUCAGAAAAUUCGUUGUCGGCACUGAAUAUGUAUCGCAUUUGCUCAUUGGGAUUCUUAUUCGUCCAGAUACGCAGUGUGACAAAUCAACAGUGACAUUUCUGUAAUGUUUGGAAUAGUUGAUUUGUGAGGGAAGUCUUGCGGCACUUUUAUUUCAGACGAUCUGUAAUUAUGAUAUAUUAUUAACAAUAGCAAGAAAACACAUGCGAGGAUUAAUUGGUGUUUCUUAGGCUCAGAAAUUUUCAAAGGGAUAUUUAUUCGUUGUGCUACGAUAAAUGAGUGAUACAUUUAUUAAAGAGGUAAAUUCGUUAAUGAAAGUUUUGUAAUGCUUUUCUAGAAAUUGGGCAAGUGAUAUGCUCUUUAUCUUAGAAAAAAAGAUCACGAUUCUUUCUCAUAAAAGUGUUAUUCAAAAGGAUGUAGUUUUCAUGUAAGAAACCUGGAUAUCGAGCUUUUCAACGGCGUUCUUUGACAUGGGAAUUGUAGAUUCGAUUUUGAAGUCAAGGGCGCGAAACAAUAAACAAGGUGAGAGCUCAGAUUUUAAACUGCCCACGUGACUCCUGCGCGUGCGCCGACGAUGUCAUGUGAUCAGAGAGUUCCCGCGAAUUUCUGGUGUGAACCUCAGACAUGCACCGGGCCACUGAUGACGUCCCCACCAUAGCGAGGCUCAGCGGAACACGUCAGUGUUGUGUUCUCUAUGUCAUCUUCACCAUGGCUGCCGUUUGUGUCGUUGUUGCUUCGACUGACGUCACAACAAAUCCGCAAAACGGUGGCGCAACCGGAAAUGCCUUCGUGUACGACGACUACAGAAGUAAUUCUACGCUACAGUUAGAUAUCGUCUUUAUCUGCGAUGGAACUGCCCGUGAGUAUUGCUCUGCUGACGUGAUGAUGUCAGAAAUAAACAAACAUUUUCCGCCCCCUGAUGAUUUAUUCUUCAGCGAUGAAGACAGUUCUUUCAAUAUAAGUGACUGUGACGUAAACCCACAAUCAAAAUGUCACAAUUUCUUUUCCAACACCAAAAACACAACGUCCCCGCCAAACGGAGUGCGUUAUUCUUUGGUCAACAACUCAAUAGUCGCCACGAAAUUGUUGGAGUCUGAUUCUUCGUCAUCAUUUUUUCUGAAAUUGAACGUGACGUUUCACGUGUUGACUGGGGAUUACCCGGAUCUGUUGGUUGAAAUUAACACUUUGGCCGUGACAGCUUCUGCUGACGUCAUCAUUGCUGUGGGCGGGGCGGUCACUUUGCAGUCUUCAGCGUUUGUCGGAGAUGCGUUGGACAUUCCUACUAUUGGAUAUAUUACCAACUUUAAAGAUGGCAUAAAGAACAUCUACGGCCGAACAUUCACGAGUUUGAACCCAAGCCCCGAGGCUCAAGGAACAGCCCUUGCCCAGGUCAUAGGCAGUUUCAACAUGAAGCAGACGACAGUGAUGGUAGAGGACACACGAUUGGCAGACGGAUUCCUGUCUGGCGUCCGGAAGGUGGUAGGGGACCGGAACCAGGAUGUAUUUCGCAUUCUUCCGCUGCAACGGGACAUCAGGUGAGAUAGAUAGAUAGAUAGAU